AUGGACAGCAGAGCUUGUGCCACCAUGGCAGCAGCUGCCUGGGCCAGUGGAGUUCUCCAUGCUCUACUACACACUGCCAACACAUUUUCUCUGCCUCUCUGCCAUGGCAAUGCUGUGAACCAGUUUUUCUGUGAACUUCCACAGAUCCUCAAGCUCUCCUGCUCUGGUUCUUACCUCAGAGAAGUUGGACUUAUCAUAUUUAGGGCCUGUAUUUUUUUGGCUUGUCUCAUUUUCAUUGUGCUGUCCUAUGUGCAGAUCUUCAGGGCCAUGCUGAGGAUGCCCUCUGAGCAGGGACGCCACAAAACCUUCUCCACGUGCCUCCCUCACCUUGCUGUGCUCUCCCUGUUUCUCAGCACAGGCAUGGUUGCCUAUUUGAAGCCACCCUCCUUCUCCUCCCCAUCCCUGGACCUGGUGGGGUCAUUUCUGUACUCAGUGGUGCCUCCAGUAAUGAACCCCAUCAUCUACAGCAUGAGGAAUUGGGAGCUCAAAGAUGCCCUCAGGAAACUCUUUAUAUAUUGUUUUCUUCAGCAUUCAUUUUAUCUUCAUUAUCUUCACAUGAGUGCCACAAACUCAAGAAAAGCUAGGAAGGGUAUCAUGUAAUAUUUCAUAUAUUUUUUCCUCAUUUAUUUUUAAUAUUUACAAAAGUUUUUACUCCACUUACAUAAUACUAUUGAUUGGUAUUUUCCAUCUACAUUUUUUUUCUUACUUCUGAAAGCUUUAUUGCUCUUCAAGCAGUAGACUGUUUGAGAAGAUUAAAAAAAUAAAAACAGUAAGAAAAAAAUUAGACUGUCAUCUGUAUCUCAGAGGAGCGGUGCAGGAACCAAGAGCCCAGAGCCACACGGAGCAGCAGCCCUGGUGUCUGUGGGGCUGCCCCUCACCGCCUGCUGGGCGCUCCCUCUCUGCUGCCUUUGAGUUGUGCUGCUGCUUCCCUGCAGCCACAGCCACGGGCAGCAGCAGGACGUGGUCUUUUCAGUGCUGCUCUCUUUGCACCACCACGCUGUUCUCCGUUCUCCUUGCAUUUGUGUCAGCCCUCAGGUCCUGCAUUACGUAGCAGACCAACAAAAAAACACUUUGCCUGUGGUGUGCCUGGAGUUGGCUCAAAGGCUUGGAAGAGCAUUGCCAUGUCAACAGGAUGAAGGCUACAGAGUUGGGGGAGGAGGGAAUCCUAUGAAAAAUGACACAGCCUUGUUCUGUCCAAAAUGUUUUCACUGUGCUAUAGGAAUUUCUGACUGCAAACUUGUUUUUGAUGGACUUGUUUAUUGCCAACUCACUCACAGCCCUGGGUGGCCCACCUGUAAACUAAGGAGCCAAAGAAGGAUGCCAGAGAGAUCCUUGAGGUUCUGUUUUGAGACUUCCAUGCUACAAAAUUAUGGCUCAAGCAUGCUCACAAGCCAAGCACCCCCCACCUCCAUUGGCUGGAUCAAAGCUGGAACCCAGACCUGUGAUCUCUUUCUCUGUCCCUCUCUCUCUUUCCUGACCCAACUCUGUC